CCAUUACCAUGCGAGAAAUGCAGUUACUAGUAUAGUCUGCUACGUUCGCUGUCAAAAUUAUUCGUUCACGCGUGUACGUGUGUAAUUAGUAGGAGUAAGUCAACACGUAAGUGUACGAGUGAAUAUGAAGUGAAACGGCUGUUUGAGCGCAUUUUGUUACUUGGUGCGUUAAUAAAAAUGCGAUAUUAGUUGAAUUUUGCAAAAUCUUUGAUCAGAACUAUGCUUUGAAGAAAAAUGCCAUCAGAAACAAAUGCCAUGGGCAGUGUUUCCAAGCAAGAGGAGGAUACUGAAAAAUCUAACGAGCAGUCUGUCACAUUGAGGACUUUGAGUUCCACGAUCCAAGAGGCAUCGACUGCGUCCACAAACCACACAAGUGCUCCUGUAGCAAAUGUUAACAGGGACAAGGUAUCUGUAUCAGAUAUCAGAACUAAAUUCCUAAACUCGACUGGAGAUGCGGUCUCAUCAGCCACUGCUGACUCUUUAGCGGAGAGUGAUUCGCUAGAAGUAGAGACUUUAUGCCACGAAGAUAUGACAAAUUCGAAGGCCGAUGAUGAAGAUGACGAGUAUGUGUCCCUGGAUAUCACAAGUGCAUCGGCAUUGGCCAAACAGGCAGGAGGAAAUAACGACGAUGACGGUAAAAAAUCAGUCGUCCUUGCUCACAGAAAUCUGUCCAGGAAGAAGUGCUUACUGGCAGAGGAUAUUUCCGAAAUUCGUCAGAACAUCUUGGAGUCAGCGACAUGCUCCGACAGCUUCUCAGACGAAGAAGCUUGCGGCAAAGGCACGCCGGCGGAGUCUGAGGGCAGCGACGGUAUCGUUGCGCUGUGCGAAUUUCAGGAGGACACGGGUGAUCCGUGCAGAAGCGGGUCUAACAAUGACGUCGCGACGUCGGACACAGGGCACAGAUUGGUAAAGGACGCGACGCCAUUGUCGUACAAAAUAUCCCUAAAGGAUAACGAGCCCGUUAUGUAUCAUAGUCGAAUAACGAACAUGUUAUUAAAAACGUCUAGCGAGAACAAUGUAGACGAUGAAGACGACGACGACCAUGACGAAGGCGACGGCGUACGUAACGACGCGAACUUGUUGCCGGACGGAUUAGCAGCCUCGCCUUCGCGCGCGUUCAAGGAAUCAUUGAGCUCACAAAGUACUCUACCGAUGCGUUACAGCGACGCGACUGACGACGCCAGAAUAUCUUCGAGUGCGCUGGACAAUAAUAAUAAAAGUAGACAUUCGUACGAAGAUGCGGUCGACGGGAACGAAGCGACUGUCCUGCCCGAGCACAUUUGCAAGGAGAUGUUGUCGUCAUUGCGAGACGCGCCGCGGACUACUUCGUUGCACUACAGUGACACCGCGAGCACGAGCAAACCGUUCAAACUGCCAAUCUUAGAGAAGAUGCACAAAACUGCCAAUGUUCAGCCAAUCGAGAUUGAGGAGAAUGCAGUGGCGCUCCUGGAGACGUCGUUCCCCAGGCAAGAUCAAUUAGAGGAAGUGCGUUGUCUGGAUCUGGAGCCUCGUUCGUCGAAUAGCAGUGAGGAGAGUAAUUCGGACAUGGAGUCUCAGCACGCGAGUGUGAGCCGUAAUGACGUUAAAAAGAGACAAUGCAGACCGAAUGGAGUCGUAACGCAGGAGGCAGUGGAGUAUUAUCAACUGUGGCGUAGUAGGGGCGGACUGUCGUCUCCUGAAUCCUUGUACGAGACCCUCUAUCCGAUGCCGCCACCGCUUCCACCGAGAGCAGCGCAUCGGCCGUUACAUAGAAGCAACGCUUUGCCGAGCGGAGCGCCAGAGUUACCCAAGAGACAUUCUCAAAGGCAUCCUACGCCGCUGCAUCCCGAGGAUUGCUUCGGAUUCGAGAUUGUGGAUGUUGACGAAGCCUCGAAUCUUAAGUUAAGGACGGCGGUUACGAAGAGCAUCGCGUUAUUAAGUUCGCCAAGGUCGCACAGACAACGAGAAAGACCGGGAAUGGGACCGGGGCCGGGACCAGGACCGGGCUCGGAAUCGGCACUGGCCAAUCAGUUGGAGUGUCCACCGACGCCUACGCAUCGGCCCAAGCCUUUGUGUCCGUUGCCUGUGUGCCAAACAUCGAACGUGUCGUUGUCUUCAGAGGAACCUUUGCCGCCGUCCUGGGAAGCGAGGAUCGACAGCCAUGGUCGAGUGUUUUAUAUAGAUCACAUCAAUCGCACCACGACGUGGCAAAGGCCGACGCGCUUGACGACGCGCAAUACUGGCUGCGAUCUGCGGCGACAGCAAUUGGACAGGCGCUACCAGAGCGUGCGGCGUACUAUUUCGCGUCCCGACAAUAUAGAUCGUGAGGCGACUAACUCAAACGCGAACGGCAAUCACUUCGAGAAUGCCGAGCGAACGCCGAGUGAGCGUGUCGAGAGGAGCGAGUCCGAACCGUUUGACAUCACUACGAUACCGCCGGUAUUGUUCUUGACACGGGCCGACUUCUUCACGGUGUUGCACACCAACACGGACGCUAUGGAGGUGUACAAUCGUAAUCCGAGCUUGAAGCACAUGAUCAGUAGAGUCAGGAGGAAUCCAUUGAUUUUCCCGAGGUACGAGCACAAUCGGGAUCUGGUUGCCUUGAUUAACUUCUUCGCCGAUCCGAACAAGGAGCUCCCGAGAGGAUACGAGUCGAAGCUCGAUAGAACAGGCAAGAGAUUUUUUAUAUGUCAUGCUAGAAAGGCGACGUCUUUUAUCGAUCCACGAUUACCUACCGAAGCCGCUCACGUACGGACGUUGCUGGACGAAGCUCCCGUACCACCGCCUAGACCGCAGCAGUCGUCUGUGACCGCUACGCCCGACAUACCCGUGGCCUACAAUGACAAAGUAGUCGCUUUCCUACGUCAGCCUAAUAUCAUGGAUAUCCUGAAGGAGAGACAUUCCGCUUUAGGGCAGAAUAUCGCGCUGCGAGAGAAGGUUAACACCAUAAGAGUUGAAGGCACCACAGCGUUGCAAAGAAUGGGACACGACGUUCCCUUGGCGUUAUUACUAAGUUUAUUCGAGCAAGAAAUAAUGUCGUACGUACCGGGUAGUAUGGGUAGAUCUCCGCUCGGUAGCCCGCACGCGUCGCCUGGCUUGACGAGGGCUUCCGCCAGAGCCCCUGCGCCGUACAGGAGAGAUUUCGAAGCUAAACUACGGACGUUCUAUCGAAAAUUGGAGAGCAAAGGCUACGGCCAAGGACCGGGUAAAUUGAAAUUGCACAUCAGAAGAGAGCAUUUACUUGAAGAUGCUUUUACGCGUAUAAUGGCCGCGUCGAAGAAAGAUUUGCAGAAAGGUAAACUGGUGGUGAUCUUCGACCACGAGGAAGGCCUGGAUUACGGCGGGCCGUCCCGAGAAUUUUUCUUCCAUCUGUCGCGCGAGCUGUUCAAUCCUUACUACGGAUUGUUCGAGUAUUCGGCCAAUGAUACUUACACGGUGCAAAUCUCGCCGAUGUCGGCUUUCGUGGAUAAUUACCACGACUGGUUCCGAUUCUCGGGCAGGGUUCUAGGUUUGGCGUUAGUUCAUCAAUAUUUGCUGGACGCGUUCUUCACCAGACCGUUCUACAAGGCGCUGCUGAGGAUACCGGCGAGUCUGAGCGACCUGGAGAGUCUGGAUCAGGAAUUUCAUCAGAGUCUGAUGUGGAUCAAAGAAAAGGACAUAAGUAUCGAGCCGUUGGAAUUGACUUUCUCGGUAACGGAGGAGCUGCUGGGGCGAGUCGCUGAGCGCGAGUUGAAGCCAGGUGGCAGAAAUAUCGCGGUCACCGAGAAGAAUAAGAAGGAAUACCUCGAGAGGGUGGUACGCUGGCGGCUCGAGCGCGGCGUGGCCGAGCAGACGGAGUCGUUGGUUCGUGGCUUCUACGAAGUGGUGGAUCCACGCCUGGUGUCAGUCUUCGACGCUCGUGAGUUGGAGUUGGUGAUAGCCGGUGCGGCCGAGAUCGACCUGAACGAUUGGCGGACGCAUACCGAAUACAGAAGUGGAUAUCACGACGCGCACCCGGUAGUGGAGUGGUUCUGGAGCAGCAUAAGCCGGUUCACCAACGAGCAACGCUUGAGAUUACUGCAGUUUGUCACCGGUACCUCGAGCAUUCCGUACGAGGGCUUCGCCGCGCUGCGAGGUUCCACAGGACCGAGGAAGUUCUGCAUCGAGAAGUGGGGAAGGCCAAACAGUUUACCAAGGGCACACACGUGUUUUAAUCGCUUGGAUCUUCCACCUUAUCCUACGCCCGAGAUUUUAUACGAGAAGCUGCUGUUAGCUGUGGAGGAGACAAAUACGUUCGGCAUAGAAUAAAGUAACGCGUUGAAUUUAUAAUUAUAAAGAAUUUGUACAAUCGAUAUAAAAUUACGACGGGUUGCACAUUUUCUCUCAAGAGAAAUAGGACAAGAUUUUGUAUAUGGGCCUAACAGCUUACGAAUUACGCGGUUCUUUACUAAUUCGACUUAUUCAAAUCAGAUUUGUAAAUAAUUGAACGAUUUUGCAGCCUCGUAAUUUUUCUCAGAGUUCUCGGUCUCGGAAAAUGUAUUGAGAUGGCGUAGCAAAUUCUUUCUGUGGAUUUUCACGAAUCUCUACGGCGAAUUGCAGUUCGUUCUGCUCAGCGAACAAAGAUAUACGAUGCGCGAAAAUAUCAGACGACAAGUCUACUUCCCCUCAGUGUCCUUGGAUAUCGAUCCUAAGCAUCUCCAUAUCUUGUAAUUACACGCUUUAGUUUCGUAAUUUGAUAUACCCGACGUUUGCGGGCAUGAUUCGAUUAAAAGCAAAGCUUAUCGCUUCCAUAACGGCCGUUCCAUUCAGCAAAUUUCCCGUAAAAAUGUGUUUAAGACAAUCGACGAAGGAUAUACGGAUUAAUGGGUAUCUUCCUGUGCCAGCUGAAUGUAAACAAAGAAACUGAGUCCUUAAUAGAUCCGGCGAGUAUGUCACAUGCUGGCAGGUGACAUUUCUCAUCGUCUCACUUAUAAAUCUUCGCCUUCGCGUAUCCGAGUUUAUAAUGGUAAUGCUUCUCCCCAAUUAAUUCUUGAAAUGAACAGUUUCCAAAUAGUCUUUACAAUCAUUGAUUUUCCAUACGUUGCAUGUCCGAUAUCAAUCGUUGCUUGUCCGCCGAUUACUUCGCGAGACAAUGCAGUCAAUUUAUUCACAUCUCAUUUUGAUAGAUCUUGUUUACAGAUAUUCGAUUGACCGGUAGUUACUCUGAGUCCUUUUUCGCCGCUCAUUCCUCACAAACACGUGGCGUCUCGCACGCUUAUUCACGAGAUUGCACGAGGUACUUCCCGUUCGUUCCCCUCGCUAGAGAACUGUACUGCCCAAUGCAAAACGUAGAGAAAGUUAUUUGUUAAUUCUAAGUCCGCAUUUUUCGAUACAAUCGUUGAUUAAGCGCACACUGAGAUUUCAAAGCUAAUCUACAUCCGCUUUCUCCCGGUCUCUCUUCUCUCCUCCUCGCUUCUUUUCUAAUUCUCGCGGAAAAUCAGAUGUCACUCGUUGAGACUGGUCGAUUUUGUUUACCAAACGUUUCAACGCGCGUGCAGUAACUUUAACAAAAAUAUGUAUACACUUCGAAGAUCAUUACAUGACGACAACGUGUGGGCUCUCUUAAUGUUGAAAAUAUUAAUUGCAGACACAGCAAAGAACACGUGUUGUCAUUACUGCUAUUAUUGGCUGCUAUCACCGCUACUACUAUCGCUAUUAUUACUAUUACUACUACCGCCGCAGCUAUACUGUUAAUACUAUCAUUGAUAUCUCACUACUGCUACUACUUAAAUUAAUAAUACUAAUACUAAUACUGUGCUGUUAUAUAAUUACUAUUUUUAUCAUUAUUGCGAUGAUUAUUGCUUUUGGUCUCACUCAGAUCUCGAUAUAGGAUUCUUCAAAAGAUGUUACGUUCUAUGAAUACAUAGAAUAUGAUCAUACAUAGAAUGUCACUUAUAAUUUCGCUAAUUGAUUCACCUUAUUGUCUAUAAUUGACUUUGGGACUCAAGUCUUGAGCCAAUAUCAAAGAAGAAGAAGCUGACUCAAACAGUGUAUGUAUAUAUAUAUGUACAUAUAUGUAUAUAUAUACAUUAUUAUGUAUAUGUAUAACAUAACAUAUACAUACAUCUGUGACAUAAUUGACUUUUCUUUUUUCUUUCUUUUUGUAAUGAUCUAAUGUGCCGAAUUAGAGUGUCGUAUAAAAUACAAUGUCAUAUAAGGAUCAAGUUUACUGUCGUAACAUAAACAGAGAUCGUUACGUAGCACAAUUUCGUCGCGGUACAUCGAUAUUUUUUCACGUCUCUUGCCGUUAGAAUUGUCGCGAGGUAUGCUACAUCGAGAUGCGAGUACAUUCAUCCUUAUAAAAACGCCUCUUAAUUUGUCAUCACGACCAUCAUCCAUCUCUAGUCCAUGAAUUGAAACUUGACGUGCAGGCAGCAUUUUAAUGUAUUUUAACAUUCCGACAGCUCUUGUUACUCGCAUUUGAAGAGUUUAUAGUGUGAAUGUUGACGCAAAGUAUCACCUCUAUAAGUUAACUGUUUUAAAAACGUUCACCGACAAAGCACAGACCUUUUACUUUAUUUCCUUUUUUUUGCUUAGUCAUAAUACAAGAUAAUGUAUAGGUUCUUUGAAAUAUUUUGCACAUAAGUUAACAAAGAAAUUAAGGAAUAAUUCGUACACGAGAAAUAUAGACUUAUUGCGAUAUCUUUGUAUUAUGUAUAAGAGCGUAUAUAUGUUGUUAUAUAUAUAUACAUAUAUAUAUAUAUAUAUAUAUAUAUAUAUAUAUAUUUAUUAUUAGAU